GUGUCUCAUAAGUAAUAGGUCUUCAUCUCACAGUCAGUGUGCUAUACACCUUGACUUUGCCAACUACCUAGCAAGAAGACACAAGUAAAAUAGAUCAGAAGUAAACGUCAAAAAUAUCAGAAAAUAUGCAAUUCGUUCUGCUGGGUUUCACGCUGCUUGUCGGUGCUUACGCGUCGACAGAGAACACUUACGAAUACAUGUUGGACUCAUUGAGCGAGAUCGACGACGGUGCCGCGGUGGACUACGAUAACACAGAGUCGUCGGCAAAUUCCGAUAUGGAAAACGACGUUUUCUUUUGGCUUUACAACAGAGAGAGCGAAGACAAUCAUUCUGGCCACCGGUUGAUUCCGGGAAAACUAGACGUCUUGCGGUCGUCUCAGUACAGAGCCAACCAGACCACGAAAAUCAUCAUACACGGUUGGCUGGGCAACACCGAGGAUGCCCAAAGUUUAUGUGUCACUUUCAAAAAAGAGUACUUUGAGAAACAUGAUCACAACUUGGUGUGCGUGGACUGGUGCAAGAUUUCACAUGAUAUAGCUUACGUGGCCGCAAGGAUGAGAUGCAGAGCAAUCGGAAAUUAUGUGGCGGAACUCGUUACAAUGUUCUCUCAAGAAUUGGGGCAGGAUCUCGACCUGAUACACAUAAUCGGCUUUAGCAUGGGUGCACAUAUAGCCGGAUUCGCCGGCAAACAGCUCGACUCUCAAAUAGGACGAAUCACCGGUUUGGAUCCAGCUAUGCCGUUAUUUCCCACCCGCUACCCCGAACAUAGACUCAGUAAGCAUGACGCCAAGAUGGUGGACGUGAUUCACACUUCAAACUUGUUGUUGGGCCUAAUGGAGCCAAUAGGAAUAGUUGACUUCUAUCCCAACGGUGGUCACACAAGGCAACCCGGCUGCUCUUUCUACGAUUAUUUUGACGGUGGCGUCUGUAGUCACUUCAAAUCCUACGAGUUCUUCGCUCGGUCCAUCCAGUCCCAAGACAAUUUCAGUGCCAGGAGAUGCGACAGCUGGUCUAAUUAUGUGGUCAACGAGUGUGAAGGGAAUGAUCUCGCGGUGAUGGGAGAGUACACUAAUGCCAGUGUUUCAGGUACUUACUUUUUGACCGUCGAUGAAGAUUUAAUGAGUAUAUUUUAGUAAAAUAUACUCAUAAUACUAAUAAUGCUCUGUAUAUUUUACAAAGCAAUUAUUAUUAUAUUUUAUAUCAAAUAAUUUUCUUCAAACUAUUCACUUCAUUACUCAAUUUAUGUAUAUUAUGUAUUAUUGAUUUGUCUUUUGAGUUUGUAAAUCUUAAAAAAUAUAAACUGGUAAAAGGUU